AUGCCGAAGCCUUUGUCCCGUCUAGAAAAUAGCAAAUGGAUAGCGUUUGGAGGUUCAUAUCCCGGAUCAUUGGCCGCUAGGUUUAGAGCUAAAUACCCGCACCUGACUGUAGGUGCCGUGUCGUCGAGUGCACCCAUGGAGGCGCGGCUUAAUUAUAAGCAAUUUUUUGAGGCCGUAGGCGAGGAUUUAGGGACAGACUGUUCACGAUAUAUAAGGGAAGCGACUCAACAACUGGAUGAUGAACUAAAAGCCGGUCCCACGGGUUGGGAGUCCAUCAAAAAACAGUUCAAUGUGUGCCAACCCCUCAACGGCACCGACCCCAUGGAUGUCAACACUUUUCUCUUUGCGCUAUACAUGCAAAUCGGUUACUCAAUGAUUAGCAUAGAGUUUGAGCCAAACCUUCCGAAAAUACAGACAAUUUGCGAUAUUAUGACGAAUACCAGUGGCGGGAGUCGUGCUUUGGACAGAUACUCGCAAUUGAGCAAGGUCUUCCUACAGAAGCAAGGUUAUAAAUGUCUGUCUGCUGAUUAUAAAUCAUACGUCAAAUAUAUGCAAAACAAAACAAUACCUGUGCUCAAGGAAUUAAUUAAACAGUGGACAUACCAACAGUGCAAUGAGUUCGGGCACUUUCCCACCACUGCCCUCAACGACCAGCCCUUUGCCGCAAACAUACCGAUCGAGUACUUCACCCAACGGUGUGCCGACAUAUAUGGGCCCACAUUUACACCGCAAUACAUGCAAAAGCAAAUCGAUUACACGAAUGAAUAUUACGGUACUAUUAGUACAAUCAAUAUCACAAACACUGUGUUUAUUAACCAUUCACUGGAUCCCUGGCACCCAUUGGGAGUAUUACAUGAUUUAAAUAAUAGUACCAAGGCAAUAUAUAUUCAUGGUACAGGGCAUGGCAGGGAUAUGUAUAAUGCAAAACCUACUGAUCCCAUAACCAUUCACUGGAUCCCUGGCACCCAUUGGGAGUAUUACAUGAUUUAA